AUGGCUCUGCAUGGCUGCAGCCUCCUCUGGGCUGUGGCCAGGGCCAGAGGUCCUCAUCUUCUUGUGAACUCCAGCUGUUUUCUGCAUUCUCCUUCUCUGGCAUUUGUCCAACUAGUGGAGUCUAAUUUAAACCGAACGUGUAUUAAAGACUCUGAAAGCCAGCAGUUCCUUUACUGCACCCGUCGGUGCACUGGACUACCUCAAUUGCGAACUAAUGCAGUGCAGACAUUUCAUACAUCUGCUUACUGGCAUCAAGAACUUCAAGAGAAACCUCAAUCUAACCAACGUACUGCAAACCAGAGUGUUGAGCAUACUGCAGCUGUAUCUGACAAGGGCAUAGAGACUGCUGUGGGGAAAAAAUCCUUGAGCCAAAGAAUUAUGGAGGAGCUGAAACACUAUUACAAUGGAUUCCACUUGCUUUGGAUUGAUACAAAAGUUGCUGCCAGGAUGGUAUGGAGGCUGCUACAUGGGCAGGUUCUCACUAGGAGAGAGAGGCGAAGGCUGCUGAGAACCUGUGCUGAUCUCUUCCGGUUGGUCCCCUUUUUGGUCUUCAUCAUUGUUCCCUUCAUGGAGUUCCUGUUACCCGUAUUCCUGAAACUCUUCCCAGAAAUGCUGCCGUCGACAUUUGAGACGCAAUCUAAAAAGGAGGAAAAACAGAGGAAGAAAUUAAGUGCAAAGUUAGAGCUGGCAAAAUUCCUGCAGGAGACCAUUGCAGAGAUGGCAAGAAGGAACAAAGCAGACACGGGAGAGGCCACCAAACAGUUCUCCUCCUAUGUACAGCAGGUUCGUCAUACUGGCCACCAGCCCAGUACCCAGGAGAUCGUGCGCUUCUCCAAGCUUUUUGAGGAUGAGCUGACCCUUGAGCAUUUGGAACGGCCCCAGUUGGUAGCACUCUGCAAACUGCUUGAACUGCAGCCCCUUGGCACCAAUAACCUACUCCGCUUCCAGCUUCUGAUGCAGCUGAGGACUAUAAAAGCAGAUGAUAAGAUGAUUGCCAAGGAAGGCGUUAAUGGCCUAAGUGUAUCUGAACUGCAGAGCGCAUGUAGGGCCAGAGGAAUGAGGUCGCUGGGUCUCUCAGAGGAGCAGCUCAAAGAACAACUCAGACAGUGGCUGGAUCUUCAUCUAAAGGAGAACGUUCCCCCCUCCCUGCUCCUACUUUCUCGUGCCUUGUACUUGAUCGACGUAAAGCCAAAGCCCAUUCCAGUGCCACCGGUGGAGGCUCAGAGGAGUGAGGCUGCUGCAGGGAGCUCGGUCCUCCAAGAGGUCUUGGUGGAUUCUGCGCCUGUGAUGCAGGGAUUGAAGGACGAAGAAAUGAUAUUGCAGCCGUCAGAGAAGUUGCCUGUCCCUGAAGUAUCAGUGAAGCCCCAUCCAGGAGAGAUGAAAAUGGAAGCAUCUCAGAGCAGCAAGGCCAGUGCCAAUGGAGUCUGAGCCCCUGCUGAGCUGGACAGUGGCUUAGGACACAGAGAUGGGAAAGCUCUACACCUCCAUACCUUGACCAGAGUAACUGGAUCAGCAGUUUCUCCACAGGUUCUUUCCAUGCCAAGGCUUCAGCAGCCCCCAGGGGGGCUUUUGAAUCUAUUCCAGGUUGUUUUAUUAGCAACUCGACUGCGCAAAGGACCCACCUGUCCCAUGCCAGCCUUUCCUUGAAUAUUACCAUCUCCCUACACUAAUUUAUGUUGUAAAUAUGUAAAUACUGUCCCUUACGGCUGGAGCUGUCCCCUUCCCCCUGGCUCUGUGCAGAUGGGACUUGUGCUCUUAUAUAUUAAUACGACAGCAUUUUAUUUUUUCCUCAGGGUCUGGCCAGCGACAGUGGGCAGGCUUGGUGCUUCCCUUCCCUCUUCCACAUUGCAAAAUCAUGGGACUUGACGCUUGCUCCUGCUGCAGCAAGUCAUGCAAACUUGAGCCCUCUCGGUAGUUGCCACUAAACCUGUGACCAGAAUGUCACACACAACACUUGGGUUAAACCAGCUUGCUUGGUGGCCAGGCUUGCUCCAAGAAGGAAAGACUAUCAGCAUCGUUAGUGAAGUUACUGGAAAACUGCCAGGUCAGGCAGGUUUUGCUGUUAUGUUCAUGCAGUCCUAGCUAUGGAGAGGAAAAUCCUCAUUGCAUGUAAUGUCUGUUGCCUGCCCGAGCUUGGCUGAACAUGGCAUCUGCCAGUGUCCUGGCCACCAGUUUGACAGGCUUGCCCAUGUGGCUUCUCCAUUGCAGCCUUGUGCCAAGCAGCAGAGGCCUGGGCUUUCGCAGGACUCUGUUCCCCAUGAUAAGCCUGACAGUGGACUUGCAUCUUGAAACCCAGUCCGUCUGCUCAGCGCUCCCCAGUGAUGAGGGAUCUGCACCACACCUUGUUUUUUAAGCAUUUCUUUGUGAGCUCCUGUGGUGACUCUUCCCAGCACCUGUAGAGGAAGAUACUGAAAAGCUUUUUUAGAACUUAUUCAUUCACACCCACCCACCCCCAGUGCUACAGAUGUUCAGAGCCUGCUUGUUUUUAUGGACAUAUUGAACUGGAUUAUUUUUACUUACUGCAAAAUGUCAAGAUUGGCUCAGGUGCCAAGCAGAGUUGCUCCUUUCAUGGCAGGCUGAGGCUUCAGACCACCUGCUGGCUGCAGCCGUGCUCAGCCAUAUCAGCACUCAAGCUCCCUACCUUGGGCUUGGGCAACCGUGUCCCCACUACUGUACUCCUGGUUAGUAACUCUGUGUCCCUGGACACUGCAAGCUCUGCCUUGCAAACACAAAAGUCAUAUAAUGCUAAACAGUUGUGCUGUCUUGCUAGUGGUUAUACUGGAGCAGUGCGAUUGCAAUAAACAGCAACGCUGCUCAAGUGUC